UGGGAAGUAGGUCGCUUUCUGAUGAAUUAACUGGCAGUGAACUGAGACCAGAGGGAAUCUGGCCGCCAGAGGCUGGUACUUGCUCCCGAACCCCCAAUUCCGGCGAACAGUCUGCCACGAGUGCACAUUCUGAAAACAGGAGAUUAAUUUAGUUCGCCAAAAUGGGAAGAACCUACAUUGUAGAAGAGACUGUGGGCCAGUAUCUUUCAAACAUAAAUCUCCAAGGAAAGGCUUUUGUCUCUGGCCUUUUAAUAGGACAGUGUUCUUCACAAAAGGAUUAUGUGAUUCUUGCCACUAGAACGCCACCCAAAGAGGAACGAAGUGAGAACCUCAGACAUCCCAAAGCUAAGUUGGAUAAUUUGGAUGAAGAAUGGGCCGCAGAACAUGCCUACCAGGUAUCCAGAAUGCUACCAGGAGGACUUUUAGUUCUUGGAGUAUUUAUUAUUACUACUUUAGAACUGGCAAAUGAUUUUCAAAAUGCCCUGCGUAGACUAAUGUUCGCUGUGGAAAAGUCUAUAAAUAGAAAGAGAUUGUGGAAUUUCACAGAGGAGGAGGUCUCAGAACGAGUGACACUUCACAUUUGUGCUUCUACAAAAAAAAUAUUUUGUCGAAGUUAUGAUAUCCAUGAUCCAAAGAGUUCAGCAAGACCGGCAGAUUGGAAGUAUCACAAUGGAUUAUCAUCCUCAUGGCUUUCUUUAGAGUGUACAGUUCACAUUAAUAUUCACAUGCCACUUUCUGCUACUUCUGUCAGCUAUACUCUGGAGAAAAAUACAAAGAAUGGACUCACGCGCUGGGCCAAGCAAAUAGAAAAUGGUGUUUAUUUGAUUAACGGACAAGUUAAAGAUGAAGAUUGUGACCUAUUAGAAGGACAGAAAAAAUCUUCCAGAGGAAAUACUCAAGCAACUGGUCAUUCUUUUGAUGUCAGAGUGCUAACGCAGUUGCUCCUGAAUUCAGACCACAGAUCCACAGCCACAGUCCAGAUAUGUAGUGGUUCCAUAAACCUUAAAGGGGCUGUGAAAUGCAGAGCUUAUAUCCACAACAGUAAACCCAAAGUUAAAGAGGCUGUGCAGGCAGUAAAGAGGGAUAUAAUGAACACAGUUGCUGAUCGUUGUGAAAUACUAUUUGAGGAUCUCCUUUUGAAUGAAAUUCCAGAAAAAAAAGAUUCUGAAAAAGAGUUCCACAUCCUCCCUCGUCGAGUCUUUGUUCCCCUUCCUGGAUCCACUGUAAUGUUGUGUGAUUAUAAAUUUGAUGAUGAGUCAGCUGAAGAAAUCAGAGACCAUUUUAUGGAGAUGUUGGAUCAUACAAUUCAAAUAGAAGAUGUGGAAAUCGCAGAGGAAAUAAACACAGUUUGUGUGAGUUCCUCUGUGAAUAGUCAAGCUUCAUUGGACAACACAGAUGAAGAACAACGAAAACAGCCAAUUAAAACUACAAUAGUAUUGAAAAUUCAGCAAAACAUAGGUGUGAUUACAGCAUUUACAGUUGCAGUCCUUGCUGCUGGUAUCUCCUUUCAUUACUUCAGUGAUUAGGGUGAGAGGCACAAAGAUUUUCUUGAUCAUCCAGAGAACAUUGACAGACAAUUAUGAACAAUCAAGAUGUUGACAGUCUACCUAUAUUUAAAACAGUAGCAGCCAGAUCUGCUGCCAUGAUGCCUAUUAGGUGUGUUUCUGACUAAAAUGAAAUCACAAGCUGCCUUGUUUAGCCUGCUUUAAAUUGUAGGUGGCCCAUGUUUCCAAAAAUAAAGUUAUGCUUCUAGAUGGAAGCUGCAUGUAACAAAUCAUUAUUAUCUAUUUGUUACAAAGUUCAAAAUGAUGGGAUAUGAUCAUUGAUUUUUAGUCUUACUAAUCUGAAUCACAUAUUAAUCAGGACAUUAAAACUUGAACAGAGGCCAGGCAUGGUGGCUCAGACCUAUAAUCCCAACACUUCGGGAGGCUGAGGCAGGAAGAUCACCUGGGACUAGGAGGGAGUUGGAGACAGGCCUGGUUGAUAUAAUGAUGUUCCGUUUCUACCACAAAAAAAAAAUACCUGGACAUGGUGGCAUGCACCUCUAGUCCCAGCUACUUGGAGGCUGAAUCAGGAGGAUUACUUGAGUUUGAGGCUGCAGCAAGCUAUGAUCGCAUCACUGUACUCCAGCCUGGGUGACAAAAUGAGACCCUGUCGCUAAAAUAAAUAAGUAAAUUUUAAAUACAAAAAAAUGGUAACUUCAACAGUCAAUGUUGAUGCAACGUCUAAUAAUGAUAGGGCACCAGGAGAAAUUUCUACCGAGUGAUGAGACAACCACCUUAGGAUAGGUUCAUCCUCUGGGACCUUUCUGAUGUUCACUCAGUUCCCAUAUACUGUGAGUUUUGUUCUGAUCAAGGGGUAGGGAACCUUUCCAGAGAGAUUCUGUUAAUAAGAAAUGACAUAAAAUUUGUGCUUUCUCAGGUUACUGUAUCAUAAUUUUAAAAAUAUAUUUAAUAUAUAAAAUAAGAUUUUGCUUCCAGCAAGUAUGUUAGACUAGCUGUUAUAAAACAACUAGAUCCUGAAUAAAUUCUACUUUUGAAUAGGUUCACAGGAAGUAGGAGAACUUUCAAGAACCGUACUUCUACCUUUCCUUUGCCACAAACCAUGAACACAUUUUAAGGUAGGAGUCAUGAAUACUAUAUUAACCAUUCAAGUGGACUGUGAUUGGAUGGCAGAUACCAAUGGCAACACUGCCAUAUGCAGUUUGUCUCAAAUCAGAAACAAGAAGAGAUGUGAACCUGAGAUGCUGCCCUAGAUAGGACAGUUAAAGAAGAUUGAGUGGCCCUCAGUUUGUAGUACUCUAGCUCCUGGCAGAAGCAAGAAACAUUCCUAGUUUAGUUCCAAGACUCCUAUAGAUUAUUAUCAAGUAGUAGUAUUUUAUGACUAGAGAUCAGAGGCACAAGUUGAAACAAGCUAACAUGACAAGGGAGCUAUAGAAAAAAUAAACAUUGAACUCAGUUCUUCAAGGUUUCAUCACAAGAUAAGAAAUGAAGUUGGAACCGUAGGCAGAUCUGAAAAAGAACCAAAUAGAACUUGAAAUGAGAAAUAUUUAUUGAAAUAUGAAAAAAGCUCUCAGACAUAUUGAAUAUUAUAUUGGACUCGGCUGGAGAGACAAGUGAACUAUAAGCUGGAUCUAAAGAAAUUACCCAAUGAGCAACCAGGAGAUAGAAAACAUUAGAAAAUUAAGAGAGUUGGGGGGAAGAAUUAUAAAGACUAGGAACACUAGAAGGAGAGAAUUUAGAGAAUGAAGGAGAGGCAAUACUUGAAGAGACAACACAAUUUUCCAAAUUUGUUGGAAAAACAUGAAUUCAUAAAUUCAGGAAGCACAGUAUAUACCAAACAUCUAAUUAAAUAAAAUCCAGGCCUAGACUCAAGGUUGUAAAUGACAAGAUACCAAACACAAGAUUUUAAAAGCAGCCAUGGGGAGAAAAAGAUCAGCAAUGAAGGGAAGACAGUCAAAUACUUAGUAGGCUUCCUAACAGCAACAGUGUACCCAAAAGAGGGUAGAAUUCCGAGAAAAACUAUUAGCUUAGAAUUUGCUACAAGCAAAACUGAAACAAACACAUGCUGAGAUGAAAAACAGAUAUUAUCUUCAGCAGAACUUCAGCCAAAAGACUACAAAAGGAUGAUCUUCAAAAAGGAAAAUGAUUCUACAGGGUGAUCUGAAAUUGAAGAACUAGUGAGCAAAUAAAUGAUAAACAUGUAAAUUUAAACUUGUUUGUAUAAAGCAAUUAUAAUGAAAAGUAAUUGUAAACAAUUGUAAAACUAAAUAAACAUUGUUAUGCAACAUUA